CACCACACCUGGCUAAUUUUGUAUUUUUAGUAGAGACGGAGUUUCACCAUGUUGGUCAGGCUGGUCUCGAACUUCUGACCUCAGUGAUCCCCCCACCUCGGCCUCCCAAAGUUCUGGGAUUAUGGGUGUGAGCCACCACACCCGGCCCCCCUUCAAUUUUAAAGCCAUCACUAUGCACCCUAUGCCUAUGCCAGGCACUGGAAGAAGAUGAAGCACCUUCUUGGAGUUUACAUGCUGGUAAUUAUGCCAGACAGUAAUAAAAUAGGUAAGAACGGCUGUGGGGGGAAGUCAGCUGGGUUCUAGUUACAGUCACAUUUCAGGAAAUUAUUUAACAUGCUGACUUUAACAACCUAAGCCUCUUCUCCAUGUGUGCACACAGGGUAGAUCUCUGAACACAGGUGACCCUAGAAGUGCUGUAACUUCUAGGGUAAUGGCUGUGUUGAGUCAAGGCAGGAUGACAGUUCAGCCUCCUCACAGGCUAGUGCAAAGGGCUCUUCACUCGGAUUAAAACCUUCUCUCCCAGACCAAAUUGCCAACUCCCAACACCCCUCCUACAGAAAAUUUGGAGUCCUCGCUUAUUCCCUGGCAGCCCCUACCUAAUAGGGUGGUGAAUUAAUUAUCAAACAUGUGACAGUUUAGCGAAAAUGGCAACACUUUGGAAUAAAUGACUGUAAUGUGCAUCCUGGUGCCCAUUUUGCAGGUCAGUUGCUCUCCCUGGAAGGAAGAGUGUUCUCGGAUUUCACCUUAAAGGAGGAAGGCUGCCAGAACUGAACUAGCACUUCUGAAUAUCCUGAGGCGAGGUCCGGUGACUUCCUUGGGAAGCUCUGCCGCGCCCCCACCCCACCCUACCCCUCCCUACCCCACCACAGCAGGCGCUGGAGUCCUGGGACCACCAGGGUCUGAGGCCCAAGUCCUUCCUCACUAAGGGGAGGAGAGGGGUGUUCCGGCAGGGCAGGAUGGGAAGGCGUGCUUGGGCGGGAUUGUGACAUAAGAGUGCCCUGGUGACAUAGAGCAGAUCUGUGGCAUAAAUAAAGGUGUCAUAAAGACAGGGCGGGACUCACGCUUAUAAGGGGCACGAGCGUCUCGGAGCUGCCAGAAUGACUUCCGCUCAGUGCCCGGCACUAGCGUGUGUCAUGUCCCGGCUGCGUUUCUGGGGCCCAUGGCCCCUCCUUUUGUGGCAACUAUUGUGGCUACUUGUCAAGGAGGCUCAGCCUCUGGAGUGGGUCAAGGACCCGCUCCAGCUGACCUCUAACCCCCUGGGGCCGCCUGAGCCCUGGUCUUCCCACUCCUCCCAUUUCCCACGGGAAUCUCCCCAUGUGCCUACUCUCCCGGCAGACCCGUGGGACUUCGAUCACCUGGGGCCCUCUGCUUCCUCAGAGAUGCCAGCCCCACCCCAGGAAUCGACUGAAAAUUUGGUUCCAUUCCUGGACACCUGGGAUUCAGCUGGAGAGCUGCCCCUGGAGCCAGAGCAGUUCUUGGCUUCACAGCAGGAUUUAAAGGACAAGCUGAGUCCACAGGAAAGGCUCCCUGUUUCGCCCAAGAAGCUGAAGAAAGAUCCAGCUCGGCGUUGGAGCCUUGCUGAGAUUAUUGGAAUUAUACGCCAAUUAUCCACACCUCAGAGUCAGAAACAGAACUUGCAGCAUGAAUAUUCCAGCACGGAUACACCGUAUCCGGGUAGCCUGCCUCCAGAACUCCGGGUGAAGUCAGAUGAGCCUCCAGGGCCCUCUGAGCAAGUUGGACCUUCUCAAUUCCAUCUAGAGCCUGAAACUGAAAAUCCAGAGACCCUUGAAGACAUCCAGUCCUCUUCACUCCAGCAAGAAGCCCCAGCACAGCUUCCACAGCUCCCUGAGGAGGAAGAACCUUCUUCAAUGCAGCAGGAGGCCCCAGCUCUGCCUCCAGAGUCCUCUAUGGAGAGUCUAACUCUACCAAAUCAUGAGGUGACCGUUCAACCUCCAGGUGAGGAUCAAGCUCAUUAUCACUCGCCCAACAUUACAGUUAAACCUGCAGAUGUGGAGGUUACCAUAACUUCAGAGCCUACCAAUGAGACAGAAUCUUCCCAAGCCCAGCAGGAGGCCCCAAUUCGGUUUCCAGAGGAGGUGGAACCUUCUGCAACCCAACAGGAGGCCCCAAUUGAGCCUCCAGUUCCUCCUAUGGAGCGUGAACUUUCCAUCAGUGAGCAGCAGCAGCCAGUUCAGCCUUCUGAGUCUUCUGGGGAGGUCGAAUCUUCUCCGACCCAGCAGGAGACCCCAGGUCAGCCUCCAGAACAUCAUGAAGUCACAGUUUCACCUCCAGGUCACCAUCAAACUCAUCAUUUAGAUUCACCCAAUGUCUCUGUGAAGCCUCCAGACGUGCAGCUCACCAUAGCAGCAGAGCCUAGUGCAGAGGUGGGAACUUCUCUAGUCCACCAGGAGGCUACAGCUCAGCUCUCAGGGUCAGGUAAUGAUGUAGAACCUCCCGCCAUCCAGCACGGGGGCCCACCUCUGCUUCCAGAGUCAUCGGAAGAAGCUGGACCUUUAGCAGUUCAACAGGAGACUUCAUUUCAAUCUCCGGAACCUAUUAAUAAUGAGAACCCCUCUCCAACCCAGCAGGAGGCUGCAGCUGAGCAUCCACAGACCGCUGAGGAGGGUGAGUCUUCCCUAACCCAUCAGGAGGCCCCAGCUCAGACUCCAGAGUUCCCUAAUGUAGUUGUAGCUCAACCUCCAGAGCAUUCACACCUGACUCAAGCCACAGUUCAACCUUUGGAUCUGGGGUUUACCAUCACUCCAGAAUCCAUGACAGAGGUUGAACUUUCUCCAACCAUGAAGGAGACCCCAACUCAGCCUCCUAAGAAAGUUGUACCCCAACUUCGAGUAUAUCAAGGGGUAACAAAUCCAACACCAGGUCAGGAUCAAGCUCAGCAUCCAGUGUCACCCAGCGUUACAGUUCAACUUUUGGACCUGGGACUUACCAUCACUCCAGAACCCACUACGGAGGUUGGACAUUCUACACCCCCGAAGAGGACUAUAGUUUCUCCAAAGCAUCCUGAGGUGACACUUCCACAUCCAGACCAGGUUCAGACUCAGCAUUCACACCUGACUCGAGCCACAGUUCAACCUUUGGACCUGGGGUUUACCAUCACUCCAAAAUCCAUGACAGAAGUUGAACCUUCUACAGCCCUGAUGACUACAGCUCCUCCUCCAGGACACCCUGAGGUGACACUUCCACCUUCAGACAAGGGUCAGGCUCAGCAUUCACACCUGACUCAAGCCACCGUUCAACCUCUGGACCUGGAGCUUACCAUAACUACAAAACCUACUACAGAGGUUAAACCGUCUCCAACCACGGAGGAGACCUCAACUCAGCCUCCAGACCUAGGGCUUGCCAUAACUCCAGAGCCCACUACAGAGAUUGGACAUUCUACAGCCCUGGAGAAGACUACAGCUCCUCAUCCAGAUCAGCUUCAGACUCUGCAUCAAAAACUGACUGAAGUCACAGGUCCACCUACUGAGCUAGAACCUACUCAGGAUUCACUGGUGCAGUCUGAAAGUUACAUCCAAGAUAAGGCUUUAGCUGCACCAGAGGAACACAAGGCCUCCACAAGCACCAACAUAUGUGAGCUCUGUACCUGCGGAGAUGAGAUGUUGUCAUGUAUUGAUCUCAACCCAGAGCAGAGGCUCCGCCAAGUGCCUGUGCCAGAGCCCAACACCCACAAUGGCACCUUCACCAUCUUAAUUCUCAGAGAAAAUACCUUGACUGAAUUACACAAGGAUUCAUUUGAAGGCCUGCUAUCCCUCCAGUAUUUAGAUUUAUCCUGCAAUAAAAUACAGUCUAUUGAAAGACAUACAUUUGAACCACUACCAUUUUUGAAGUUUAUAAAUCUUAGUUGCAAUGUAAUUACAGAACUCAGCUUUGGAACAUUUCAGGCCUGGCACGGAAUGCAGUUUUUACAUAAGUUAAUUCUCAAUCACAAUCCUCUGACAACUGUUGAAGAUCCGUAUCUCUUUAAAUUGCCAGCAUUAAAAUAUCUAGACAUGGGAACAACGCUAGUCCCACUUACAACACUUAAGAACAUUCUCAUGAUGACUGUUGAACUGGAAAAACUGAUCUUACCUAGCCAUAUGGCCUGCUGCCUCUGCCAAUUUAAAAACAGCAUUGAGGCUGUCUGCAAGACAGUCAAGCUGCAUUGCAACAGUGCAUGUCUGACAAACACCACACACUGUCGUGAGUCCAAAUUGCAUGCUGAAGAAGCAUCUGUAGGGAAUCCAGAAGAAGCGUUCAUGAAGGUGUUACAAGCCCGGAAGAAUUACACAAGCACUGAGCUGAUUGUUGAGCCGGAGGAGCCCUCAGACAGCAGUGGCAUCAACUUGUCAGCCUUUGGGAGUGAGCAGCUAGACACCAAUGACGAGAGUGAUGUUAGUACACUAAGUUACAUCUUGCCUUAUUUCUCAGCGGUAAACCUAGAUGUGAAAUCACUGUUAAUACCAGUCAUUAAACUGCCAACCACAGGAAACAGCCUGGCAAAGAUUCAAACUGUAGGCCAAAACCGGCAGAGAGUGAAUAGAGUCCUCAUGGGCCCAAGGAGCAUCCAGAAAAGGCACUUCAAAGAGGUAGGAAGGCAGAGCAUCAGGAGGGAACAGGGUGCCCAGGCAUCUGUGGAGAACGCUGCCGAAGAAAAAAGGCUCGGGAGUCCAGCCCCAAGGGAGCUGGAACAGCCUCACACACAGCAGGGGCCUGAGAAGUUAGCGGGAAAGGCCGUCUACAAGGUCAAAAAGAGUCCAAAGGUCAGAAAGAAAAGUUAUCUGAAUAGACUGAUGCUCGCAAACAGGCUUCCAUUCUCUGCAGCGAAGAGCCUCAUAAGUUCCCCUUCACAAGGGGCUUUUUCAUCCUUAGGAGACCUGAGUCCUCAAGAAAACCCUUUUCUGGAAGUAUCUGCUCCUUCAGAACAUUUUAUAGAAAACAGUAAUACAAAAGACACAAUUUCAAAGGCAAGAAAUGCCUUUGAAGAAAAUGUUUUUAUGGAAAACACUAACAUGCCAGAAGGAACCAUCUCUGAAAACACAAACUACAAUCAUCCUCCUGAGGCAGAUUCCGCUGGGACUGCAUUCAACUUAGGGCCAACUGUUAAACAAACUGAGACAAAAUGGGAAUACAACAACGUGGGCACUGACCUGUCCCCCGAGCCCAAAAGCUUCCAUUACCCAUUGCUCUCGUCCCCAGGUGAUCAGUUGGAAAUUCAGCUAACCCAGCAGCUACAGUCCCUUAUCCCCAACAACAAUGUGAGAAGGCUCAUUGCUCAUGUUAUCCGGACCUUGAAGAUGGACUGCUCUGGGGCCCAUGUGCAAGUGACCUGUGCCAAGCUCAUCUCCAGGACAGGCCACCUGAUGAAGCUUCUCAGUGGGCAGCAGGAAGUAAAGGCAUCCAACAUACAAUGGGAUACGGACCAAUGGAAGACUGAGAACUACAUUAAUGAGAGCACAGAAGCCCAGAGUGAACAGAAAGAGAAGUCGCUUGAGCUCACAAAAGAAGUUCCAGGAUAUGGCUAUACCACCAAACUCAUCGUGGCAUUAAUUCUGACUGGAAUACUAACUAUUUUGAUUAUACUUUUCUGCCUCAUUGUGAUGUGUUGUCACCGAAAAUCAUUACAAGAAGAUGAAGAAGGAUUCUCAAGGGGCAUUUUCAGAUUUCUGCCACAGAGGAGAUGCUCUUCGCAAAGGGAGAGUCAGGUACAUUGGAGGAUUCAUUGCUGUGGCCAGGGAAAGCAGAGGACAUGCAAAAUUAAUACUUCCCUUUCUAUCUUCAAGGAUGAACUUUUCUUAUUCCGACAGCCGCUCUGGCUGAAAGAUACGUAUAAACCUCUCAGUGCCACAAGAUUAAAUAAUCACAUAUGGAAGCUGCACAAGAAGUCAUCUAAUGAGGACGAGAUCCUCAACAGGGACCCUGGGGACAGCGAAGCCCCCAGCGGAGGAGGAGAGUGAAGCCCUGCCAUAGGAGGAGAACCCAGCCCACCUCAGGCCUCCUGCAAAAACACACAGCAUAAACAACGGCCAUCAUAAAAGCAGGACUGAAGCCAGUGGCCCACGCAUCCACAGAGGCAGUGGGCAGAGCAAGCACAGGGCCAUCAUUUCCUCCCUUGUUUCCCAGUCUAAUUAGUCACCCAGACCUGAAAACAUAUCCUCAGGGGGUGGAGAUUUUACAAUUACCAUUGUUUCUGGUGCCCUCUCCCUUGGUUCAUCAAGCACCAGUCAUAUACCACAUACUUGAACUCCUGCCCACAGGGGACCUCCCGUCUCCUGGCCCCUAUCAUAGGAUCACUGGGCCUACCUGCACUGUGGGGCCAAGCCCUGUCUUUUUCCCAAGCCCUCAAGCACACGCAUGAAUGUUCAUCCAGACUUGGUAGGGGGCUUUUCACCCUUACAAGAUGGCAAAAGAUUCACAUUGCUUUUUUUAAAAUUUGUUUUUCUUCUUAAAAAUCCCAACCGUUGGAUAGCAGGGAGGUGCUGGAGGGGUAGGGUCAAGAAGAGUGUAUGAGAACAGUAAUUUCCCAAGACUGCCCUCUGCGGGACUGUAUUUCAGAAAACAUACUGGUGGGGCUACCUCUCCAUUCACAUGUACUGCCCUAGCCUCUCCCCAUCCCCGGCUGAUGCACAUCCAUACCUGCACUGUUCCAUAACAGCAGUAGCAUGUUGCAGAAGGCGCAAGGAUUCCUCCACUCCAUCUUCAAAGAAAAAGUCGCUAAUAAAUCACAUUUGGUAUGUUA